CAGGGUCCGGGGAGACCAAAUAUAGUGAAUACAGGGUCCGGGGAGAGCAGAUAUAGUGAAUGUAGGGUCCGGGGAGAGCAGAUAUAGUGAAUGCAGGGUGCUGGGAGACCAGAUAUAGUGAAUGCAGGGUCCGGGGAGAGCAGAUAUAGUGAAUGCAGGGUCCGGGGAGACCAGAUAUAGUGAAUGCAGGGUCCGGGGGAGACCAAAUAUAGUGAAUACAGGGUCCGGGGAGACCAGAUAUAAGGAAUGCAGGGUCCUGGGGGCCCCAGUGGCUGAAAAUGCACUGUAUUGUUUGUAUAAACAUUGUUUAAAAUGGUUGUAAACCUCAGAAAAGAAAUAUGAACAAAGUAUAUCCCUCUAUAAUGUGAAUUUGUCUCAGUCCAGAGUUGUUUUACUA